CGGCGGCCCCUGGGGGCUCGGCAACCCCGGGGAACACUGCGAGACCCCGGCAGCAAAGCGGGGCUCAGGCUGAGGGAAGCUCAAACCGCGGCCGCCCCUGGGCGGAGCCUCCGGGCCCUGAUCCCACCUCAGGCCCAGCGCUUCCCGCCGGCGGACGGUGGCCGGGAGGGUCCGUUCCGCGCUCUCCCAUGGCGGAGCGGGAGGAUGUCGCUGGUGCUGGGGCUGCUGUCGCAGACGCUGAGCAGGCUGCUGCGGUACUCCGGGCUGCAUAGGGGCUGCCAUGCCCCCCCGAAACCCGCCAUGGAGCAGGACAAGGCGCUCGAGGUUUACGAUAUAAUCCGUACCAUCCGGGACCCAGAGAAGCCCAACACUUUAGAAGAACUGGAAGUGGUAACAGAAAGCUGUGUUGCAGUGCAAGAAAUAGGUGAAGAUGAAUAUCUGGUCAUCAUCAGGUUUACACCAACAGUACCUCAUUGCUCUUUAGCUACUCUCAUUGGCCUUUGUUUGAGAAUCAAACUUCAGAGAUGUUUGCCUUUUAGACAUAAGCUGGAAAUCUACAUAUCUGAGGGUACACAUUCCACUGAGGAAGACAUCAACAAGCAAAUCAAUGACAAGGAGAGGGUGGCAGCUGCCAUGGAGAACCCCAACCUGCGUGAGAUCGUGGAGCAGUGUGUCACAGAGCCUGACUGGUAGCUCUGCUGCCCCCAGAGCCACCACCUUGAUACAUUUCUUGGGAUAGCUUUGUUUUUAAAAAAGGGGAAAUAAUCCUAAUCAAGGCCUUGAGUUUAAUACUUGAGUUCUUUUUAUCUUCCAUAUGUUUUUUAAGAGAAAUUGUUUAUAAGAUAGAAUUAAAUUAUGAUUAAUUAGUCUCUAAAAUGAAGUGUAUAGUGUUGAGAGUUUGUAAUUUCUGGUGUCCAGAGAACUAUUUUAUGAUUAAAACCAACACAUACAUAUUGCCUUCUGACAGACAGUGUGAUAUUAUCAAUUCAGUUUUGCAAGUUAAAUUUCUAUAUUAUUUCAAUCAAUGCACUGUAAAAAUAAAGCAGAUUCUUGUA